ACGCGGAAGCGAUUUCCAGCUGUCAAACAGAUUUUUGAGAAUCAGUUUCGCCUUUCAGGUGAAAGAUAACUAACCUCUGGCGUUACCUCAAAAUGGACUGUCCACGCUGGUUGCCUCUGGAGUCGAAUCCAGAAGUCAUGACAAAGUUCGUGAAUUGCUUGGGAAUGAGGCCAACCUGGCAAUUUGGAGAUGUAUAUGGGUUGGAUCCAGAGCUUCUCAGCAUGGUACCAAGACCUGUGUGUGCUGUACUACUCCUCUUCCCAGUGACAGAGAAGUAUGAGGCAUUCAAGCAAGAGGAGGAGGAGAAACUCAAGGAUCAGGGACAGGAGAUCUCUCCUGACGUCUACUUCAUCAAGCAAACUAUUGGAAACGCCUGUGGAACAAUAGGACUAAUUCAUGCAGUGGCAAACAACCAGGCACACCUGGAAUUUGAGCCCGAUUCUCCUCUUAAGAAGUUUCUUGAACAAACCUCUAAAAUGACCCCAGAGGAAAGGGCCACCUUCCUGGAAAAAGAUGAGAGUAUACGUGUUACACAUGAAUCGAGCGCACAAGAGGGGCAGACGGAGGCUCCAAGUUUAGAUGAGAAAGUGAAUCUGCAUUUUAUAGCUUUUGUGAAUGUCGGAGGACAGUUAUAUGAACUGGACGGCCGGAAGCCUUUCCCCAUUGUCCAUAGAAAAACUUCAGAAGAUACUUUCCUCGAGGAUGCUGUAGAGGUUUGUAAGAUCUUCAUGGCUCGCGACCCUCAGGAGGUUCGUUUCACCAUCAUUGCCCUUUCCAAAGAUACAUACUGAGGAAACUCCCUUGUGACCAGAGAAAACAGAAACUAUUACUGCCAAACAUUCUCAAGUGCUGACUUUAUUGGAAAAUUGGACUUUUUUUGUUUUCAAAAUAGUUUAGCAAGUGAUGUGGGGAAAAUAGUAAAAUGUCAGGGAUGUCAUUCUAAAGUAACGCUCCGAUUUCAAUUAUACAUCACUUGUUGCGCUUUAGAUGAAAUUGUAAGGGAAUUAGGGAGCUGCUGUGCAACUAAAAGUAAUUCUUGAUAAGAUGAAAAUCUUCCAGUUUCCCUCUGGUGAUACAUCUCUAACUGUAAUACAGAUAUUGGCUGUAAUACAUUGACACUGCACUCAAGUGUGUUUACAUGACAUGUUUGGCUUUCAAUUAAGAGAGAAAAUUUAACACAGUUUUCAUGUCACUGAGGGAACUGAACUUCUUUUUUACUCUGGGUUCAAUGAGACAUACUGUAUGUAGUGAUUUGCUUUUGAUCAUAUGUCUAGCCACAUGGUCAAAACCAACCUGCAGAAACAUGUUUUGCAAGGCUUUAAUUUCAGCCAUGGCUUUGAAAACAAACAGUUAGGCUUGAUGCUGUUUUAUGUGGUAAUGGUGUUAAUGAAAAGGUUAUCAGAAAAAAAGCAUAUCUCUGACAUGUCUGGCUCUGGAUAACUGAAAAAUGCAGACUGGACGUCCGUGUGGAAGGUGCCUACAUUUUUGUAAUAAGAAUUAGAAAUUCUGUCAAAUAAAAGGCAAAUUUAUUAAA